UCGUGAUUUUACAUAACAACGUGAUCUACGUUCAUCAUGGUUAUUGGAAAUACCGUUAAGCACGAGGAAAUUUCGACUUCCCUACCUCCAAAUAUUAGCAAACCAUGUUAUGCAGUUGAGAGGAAGGUCGGACAGGAGGAGUGGCGACUCGCUGUUGAAACAGUCCUUCCACGAUUACUUGGACCUCCCAAGCUUUUCAAGAGGAAGAAAACUGUCGAAUACCGUGAAGAUAAUGAAAAUGCUUGCUCUAACGGAUACUUUGACGCAAUAUGUGAUUUUGGUCGAUGGCUUGGCAAUGUGAGGAAUUGCUUUCAUCAUAACUGGGCAACAGGAACAUGGAAAAAAAAGACGAUGGCUGUCUCACUUACCCCAUCACGUAUGAAAGAUUUCUUCAUGUUGUUGGAAGACGAUCGCAUAAAGAGAUUUGUGGAAUACGAUAAAUGCAAGAUAUUUGCAGAUUCGUACUUGCUGGCUAUGGUGUUCACAUAUUUCCUUCGAGCUGGCUUUCGACAUGAAGAAUAUAACUACGACAAUUUCUGUACCGCCUUGCUGCUUGCACACGAAAUAGAAGAAGAAAACUUUUUAAUCGAAGAAGUGGUUGUCGAAUGGGAAACAGCAACGAUUCAGAACGGCAACGAAGAUUUUGUACCCAUGCAUCGUUUACGUUACGAGCUAUUUGUCCGUAUGGAUUACCGAGCCUUAGUCUCGCGCAAAGUUUGCGAAGAUAUAAUAGCCUUGUGUCCAGAGCAUUGGGCUUGGAAACGCAAGCGACACGAACAUCAUUCAGGAGUAUAUCAGAGCAGACGCUAUCCCGCUCAGGAUCACAACAGUCGCAGUCUUAUCCAAUUGGUAUCGGGUCCCAAUCCGUUUUAUGGACAGUGUGAACCAUGUUUGAAAUUAGAAAAAAUAAAUGCAGCUAUUUUAGCCAAGAAGGAAGCAAGGACUGCAGGUAACAGAUUGACUCUCAAGAAACGUCACCCCCCCACCAAAUCAGAAGCCAAAUUUAGUUUUUUGUCCUUCUAAAUUUAAGUUGGUACGAGGCAAAAUACAAAAGCUGUGAUUC